GCAACCAGCUUCUUCCGGUCGGUGUAGCCGAUUGCGGCAUCUCAUCGCUCCCUCUCACCUUUUCUCAUGGAAGCGCCAAAUGCAUGAGUGGCUUGCUCCAUCAUUGGCCGGAGCUAUCGAGGAUAGCUGAUAACGUAGCUAGGAGCUCAAUCGCGCCAUGCAGUCACCCCGCACCUUGGCCUCUUGAGUUCGGCCCUCCGAUCACGACUCCUCUCUCUUUCUCUCACCUUAUCACCUCAACUGCCUCGAACUUCCUUCACCUCUCCCUGUUUCUGGGCGACAACUUACUUGGCUCGGCUUACCAUGACAGUCAGCCAUGUGCCGCCAUCUCCACUCCGCUAGCAUGCAGACACUGUAGAUCCUUGCUGCGCUUCCCACGCCAUCCCGCGUCGGCACCAUCCGUCACCACCGCCAUCGUCGGCCAGCAUCUGUUGGAGUCGCAACGGUAGCCAAGAAAGACAAUGCUGCCCGUCUGCCAUGUCCGGCCUUGUACCCUGACUCGUUUUGCUGCGCUGGGCCUCGAGCACGUCAUGUACUGCCUACAUUACCCCUCCAAGACAAGCGUCCUGGGGUGGAAGAGAGGCACUCGAUGGCUUAUCGAUGCGAGAUGCGGUGAGAAGUUGUCACUCAUGUCCCCUCUGAGGUGAAGAUGGUGUAAGCCCAGCUGUCUGGCCUAGCUUCCCGCCGCCGCCUU